AUAUUCUAAGCAAAAUUUGUUUCUCUUCUCUUCUUCAAGAAGUAAAAUCGAAUUCUCUCUCUCUCAUUAAGCAUAUCGAAGAGGAGUUUCUGUUUUUUUCUUUUGUUGCUUUGCUGUUACAUUCUCUUGGAAAAAAGGCGUUACCUUUACUCUUCUCUUCUCUUCUCUCUUCUUUACUGCAGCAACGAGGAAGAGUAUUGAAACGAAAAGAUCAAUUUUUUUUGGCUUGUGGGUUGUUCAAAGAUGCGAUUUUUCAGUUGCUUUUGCUGUGGAAAAGGAUUUGAUCGGGAAAAGAAGGUGAAAACGGAGCCAUCAUGGAGGAUUUUUUCACUCAAGGAACUUCACGCAGCCACAAACAGUUUUAAUUACGAUAACAAGCUUGGUGAAGGUCGCUUCGGCAGUGUGUAUUGGGGUCAGCUAUGGGAUGGAUCUCAAAUUGCAGUCAAGAGAUUGAAGGCGUGGAGUAACAGAGAAGAGAUAGAUUUUGCUGUAGAAGUCGAGAUUCUUGCCCGUAUCCGCCACAAGAAUCUUUUGAGUGUAAGAGGUUACUGUGCUGAAGGACAAGAACGACUCAUUGUAUAUGACUACAUGCCAAAUUUGAGUUUGGUAUCUCAUCUACAUGGUCAGCAUUCAUCAGAUUCGCUUCUUGAUUGGACCAGGCGGAUGAAUAUUGCUGUAACCUCUGCUCAGGCAAUUGCCUACUUGCACCAUUUUGCCACACCUCGAAUAGUCCAUGGAGAUGUGAGAGCAAGCAAUGUGCUGCUAGAUUCUGAGUUUGAAGCUCGGGUUACAGAUUUCGGAUAUGGUAAGAUGAUGCCAGAUGAUGCAAGAGAUGGAGGUAACAAAAUCAUUAAGGGUAAUAACAUUGGGUAUUUAUCACCAGAAUGUAUCGAAUCAGGAAAAGAGUCAGACAUGGGAGAUGUGUAUAGUUUUGGUAUUGUUUUGCUGGAGCUUGUUACUGGUAAGAGACCUAUUGAAAGGGCAAACUUAACAACAAAACAGGGUAUUACCGAAUGGGUUUUACCUUUGGUUUACGAAAGAAAGUUUGGUGAAAUUGUGGAUCAAAGGCUGAAUGGGAAGUAUGUGGAAGAAGAGCUGAAAAGGGUAAUUUUGGUUGGGCUUAUUUGUGCUCAGAGGGAGCCAGAGAAGAGACCUACAAUGUCCGAAGUUGUGGAGAUGCUGAUGAAUGAAUCAAAGGAGAAAAUGUCUCAGCUUGAAGCUAAUCCACUUUUCAAUGGACACAACGAAGGGGAAGUUAUAAAUGAAAGCUCAGAGAUCAUUUCAGAAGAGAGAGCUCACAAAUAACAAGAAUAAGAAUAGAUAAAAAAAAAGUCUCUAUUGUUCGAUUUCACAUUCUUUUUGUAUUUUGUGAGAAUCUGGUUUUGGUUGUGUUUUUUUUUUAGAGUGGGUUGUGCUUGUGUUUUUAGAAGAGUGAAGUUGCUUGUCAAGUUUAUUGUGUUUUUCUUUUCAGUUUAAGAUUUUUGAGUUUGAUCAUUGAUGCUUCA